UUUAAUCUAACAGAAUUGACCAUUUUCUCCAAGUUACUACUAAUCCUCCACAAAAUUCUCCCUCAUAGUUAAUUUAAGUAAAAUAAUUAUUUUUCCUAAUAACGAGUUUUAUGCAUCUUGUUACACACCACACCUUUCCCAAACCUAACUCAAGGUUGAAAUGAAACUCUCUUUCAUGCAACACUACAGAUUUGUUCAUUAUGUCGUCCUUUCAAUAUAAUCCUCCAAAAGCUGACAUAUCAUUACACCUUUUCAAUCUCUUCCCAUUCUCUAAAGCACAAGACAACCAUUAUUAUUUCACUAAUGUCUAUCCAACAAGACAACAACAAACCCUAACAAAGUUGUGUGUGUGUGUGAGAGUGGUGAAAUGAAAAAUGUAGUGUUCUAAGAUAUAAAUAAAAACAAGAACACAAACAACAAUUUCUUCAUUUUGAGAAAAUUCAUUCAUGGGUUGUUCCAUCUCAAAAAACCUUACCAUAGUUGCUAAAAACUCUAAGGAGGAUCACUCUUCUUCUUUGGUUUCACCUUCUCAUUCUUCAACACGAGUUAUACCAAAAGCAUUGUCUCUACCAAUGCCUCUUGUGCAUCACCCUCCAACAAGAAAAGGUGACACGCACCACCUUGUCUCCCUCACCUCAACCACCUAUGGUUCCCUUCUCUUUAUUAACCAAAAAGAUUCCAACUUUAACUCCAAAAGUUGUGAUUGUGAACCCAAAUCUCCACCCCAUGUAACCAACAAAUUGAACCAAACAGAGCCACAAGAGUCAUUGUCCCCUGUCUCUGUCAUCAACACUUGGGAACUCAUGGAUGGCCUCAACGACGAUGAGUCCAAUUUUGACACCCCAAUUGUUUCUUCAAAAAAUCUUAUUGAUUCUUUCUCAGUAACUGCGUUGGACUCUUCAAAGAAGCCACUUUGGCAAUAUUUAUCUGAGGAAGCUUUGCUUGCUAAUUUAGAUUCAAAUGCUGUUUUGAGUUACAAGAGAGCACUGUUAUCAAGAAAACUAGGAAGCAACAACAACAAUAAUCUAUUAAGGUCAAUUGAAUCUAGUAUUACUAAUAGUAAGAGCCAUUUGAGGUCUUCUUCAUUUUCUAAAAAUUUGUGCAUUUUACAUGGUGCUGAAGAUAGAAUAGUGUUGUAUUUCACAAGUUUAAGGGGUAUCCGCAAGACUUAUGAAGAUUGUUGUUCAGUUAGGAUGAUAUUGAAAGGAUUUAGAGUUGCAGUUGAUGAAAGGGACAUUUCCAUGGACUCAUCUUAUAAGAACGAGUUGGAAAAUGCACUUGGAGGCAAAAUGGUAAUUAAUUUGCCACAUGUUUUUAUCAGAGGAAAACAUGUUGGAAAUGCUGAGGAAAUCAGGUUGCUAAAUGAGUCUGGUGAAUUGGGAAAUCUUUUGAAAGGGUUUCCCAUUAAGGAUUAUUAUGGGUUUGUGUGUGAGAGGUGUGGAGAUGCAAGGUUUGUUCCUUGCUCAAAUUGCAAUGGUAGUAGGAAAGUGUUUGAAGAGGAAGAAAGGGAAGUGAGAAGAUGCUUUGAUUGUAAUGAGAAUGGUUUGAUAAGAUGCUCAUCUUGCUGCUCAUGAUUUGUAGUAGAUUAGUUAGUUGGUUUAAGUGUACUCAUAGAUACUCUCUUUUCUCUUAUUACUUAAUUACGAGGAAAAAAUGAUUAUUUUAAUUAAUGGUAUAAUGGUGCGACGAUUAAAU